AUGUUUAUUGGUGGUCUCAACUGGGAAACGACAGACCAGUCCCUCCGUGAUUAUUUCACCCAGUUUGGCGAGGUUACGGAAUGCACUGUUAUGCGUGACGGAGCCACCGGUCGAUCGCGAGGGUUUGGUUUCCUCACUUUCAAGGACCCCAAAUGUGUCAACAUUGUGAUGGUGAAGGAGCAUUUCUUAGAUGGCAAAAUCAUUGACCCCAAGCGAGCAAUUCCUAGGGAUGAGCAAGAGAAGACGAGCAAAAUCUUUGUCGGCGGCGUUAGUCAAGACACUACUGAGGCGGAGUUCAAGGACUACUUUGCUCAGUUCGGCCGCGUCGUUGAUGCGACGCUUAUGAUGGAUAAGGACACUGGUAGACCCCGAGGCUUUGGCUUCGUCACUUUUGAGAGUGAAGCGGGAGUCGACAACUGCACCAUUCCUGGCCAAGUUCUUCAGAUCAACGGCAAGCCUAUCGAGGUCAAGAAGGCGCAACCCAGAGGCAACAUGCGCGAAGAGGAAGAUGCCGCGCGCCGAGGAAAAUUCAGAAAAGGCGGUGCCGAAGAACAGAGCAGCAACCAAACUCAGAUGGCCGGCCAGAUGAACCCGGGCGGCAUGACGCCUCAGGUCAUGGCUCAGUACAUGCAGCGGAUGCAACAAUACAUGGGUAUGAUGCAGCAGCAAAUGGCCAUGAACCGCGGCAUGGGCAUGGGAAUGAUGGGUGGUAACAUGAACCCGGCUAUGAUGCAGCAAAUGAUGCAAAUGCAGAUGGCUCAGAUGGCCCAACAAGGCGGCCAGGGCGGCCAGAACAACCCCAUGGCAGGCAUGAACCCAGCCAUGAUGCAGCAAAUGCAGAACCAGAUGAACCAGAUGGGCAACCAAAUGGGCAAUCAGAUGGCUCAGGGCGGUGGCCAAGGUCAGGACCAGCAACAGGGUUAUGGUGGUCAGCAGGGAGGUUUCGGUCGCGGCGGUAGACGAGGUGGCCGUGGUGGCGGCUUCCACGGCGGCGGUGGUUAUGGUAUGGGAGGAGGCGGCGGCGGCGGCGGCAGUGGCGGUGGAGGCAGCAGUGUCGGUAGCGACCCGACCUCGUGGGAGGGCAUGUAUGAUGAUGUCCCUCAGCCCAACUUCAACCAAAGUGGACGGGGCGGGUUCAACCGGAAUAGAGGCGGAGGUCACCAGAGCCCGACUCCUUCAGACCCGGCCUCGGCGCCCCCAGCCAAUGCCCCGACUGGUCCCAAGAACGCUGGAAAGCCUGGUGCCAACUACCGUGGAGGUGGAAGAGGCGGGAACCGUGGUUUCCACCCUUACCAACGCUAG